UUUUUCAAGAUCUUUUAUAAGCAUAUAAGAAGCUUUAUAAAAUGACAUUCAGCAAUAUUUGAGGGACCAGAAAGUAAAAUAUUUAUCCACAACCGUAGAAGAUUUCCCCCGCUCAUUCUCACACACACAAUUUCACACACUAUGCUCGUCUCCGAUCAAUCUCUAUACUCCGGCCACCGUAAUCACCACCUCUCCACCACCGUCAACCUCCACCACUCUUCAUCCUCCAAACCUCACCGGAAAAUCAAUCAAAUCAACAACAUUAACCGUACAACAACAACAACUCGCUCGUUCAACUUCUCAAUUUUAACUUCAAACACCACCACCAGCAGUUACAAUUUCAGUAAAUCUAUUCGUAACAAUGCGAUUAACGGGAGUAUAAAUGGAAUAAGUGCUGAGGAAGUUGUGUUGUAUGAGGAAGGUGGACGGAAGAAGAGGAAGGUUAAGUGUGAAGUGGAGGUUGUUUCGUGGCGAGAGCGGCGAGUCAAAUCGGAAGUUGUUGUCGAUGCGGAUGUAGAUUCGGUUUGGAAUGCUCUUACGGAUUAUGAACGGCUUGCUGAUUUCAUUCCGAAUUUGAUUUUUAGUGCAAGAAUUCCCUGCGCUCGUCCAGGACGAAUAUGGUUGGAACAGAGAGGUUUGCAGAGGGCACUGUAUUGGCAUAUCGAAGCUCGCGUUGUAUUAGAUCUCCAAGAAUUUCCAAACUCAUUCAGGCUAAUGGUCGUGAACUCCACUUCUCUAUGGUUGAUGGAGAUUUCAAGAAAUUUGAAGGCAAAUGGUCUGUCAAAUCAGGGAAAAGGUCAUCAACAGCAAUUCUGUCUUAUGAAGUUAAUGUAAUACCGAACUUCAACCUUCCUGCAAUAUUUAUGGAGAGAAUUAUCCGAUCUGACCUCCCUGUGAAUCUUCAAGCUAUAGCGCGUAGAUCCGAGAGAAAUUUUGAAGGAAAUGAGAGCACAUGUACAGAUGUUCGUUCGGCUACACAAUCUGUAGCUUCCACCACCAUAGAUAUCGAUGGUACCGUCGAUAAGAAUAUCCCGACUGUAGCUUCCAAACAAACCAUUGAAGUAAACAAUAACUGGGGUGUGUUUGGCAAAACUUGCCAGAUUGAUAGCCCUUGCAAGGUGGAUGAAGUUCAUCUUCGAAGAUUUGAUGGCCUAUUGGAAAAUGGAGGUGUUCACCGAUGUGUUUUUGCUAGCAUAACUGUGAAAGCUCCUGUUCGUGAAGUGUGGAAUGUUUUGACUUCCUAUGAGACCCUUCCUGAGAUAGUUCCAAAUUUAGCUAUUAGCAAGGUUUUAGCGCGAGAAAACAACAAAGUUCGCAUUCUUCAGGAAGGAUGCAAGGGGUUACUAUACAUGGUACUUCAUGCACGCGUUGUUCUAGAUUUGUGCGAAUACCUUGAGCAGGAAAUAACCUUUGAGCAAGUCGAAGGCGAUUUUGACUCCUUUAAGGGGAGAUGGCUACUUGAACAACUCGGAAAUCACCACACACUAUUAAAGUACAGCGUGGAGUCAAAGAUGCAUGCGGGUUCUUUGCUUUCUGAGGCCAUCAUGGAAGAGGUUAUCUAUGAAGACCUCCCAUCAAACAUGUGUGCGAUCCGUGAUUAUAUCGAGAAAAACGAAGCACAGCCUUAUGUUGAAGUAUGUAAUAAUGCAUUGCACACACAAGAUAAUGAUACUAGAUACAAUAAUAGUCAUACUAGUGAUGAUGGGAACGAUGAUCCAUCAAAACGCAAUGAUGAAAAUCUUUCUAGAAGAAGACACCGGGUUGUCGGGUUGCAUAAGGAUCUUGAAGUACUCAAAACCGAGCUCCUGAAAUUCAUAUCGGAACACGGGCAAGAAGGGUUUAUGCCGAUGAGAAGCCAGUUACGGAAGCAUGGAAGAUUCGACAUGGAGAAAGCGAUCUCACGGAGGGGAGGCUUCAGAAAAUUCGCUUCGUUGAUGAAUCUUUCCCUUGCUUAUAAGGACCCCAAACCGAAAGGGUAUUGGGAUCACCUUGAGAAUUUAAAAGAAGAGAUUAGUCGUUUCCAGAAGAGUUGGGGGAUGGAUCCAGCCUAUAUGCCCAGCAGAAAAUCGUUCGAGCGUGGAGGUCGGUAUGACAUAGCCCGAGCUUUGGAGAAAUGGGGCGGGCUGCAUGAGGUUUCACGUCUUUUGUCACUUAAGGUCAGACAUCCGAACAGAAUGAGAAACAACACGAAUGAUGGAGAGAAAGCACCAUCGAAACCCGAUGUUUCACAGGAUACAGAGAAGUGGAUGGUGAAAAUUAAAGAUUUAGAUAUAAAUUGGGUAGAAUAGCAAGUGUUUAUUAGAUCAUUAACUUGGUUCUUACUUCAGUUUUUCAAUCUGAUAUAUAGAUUAGUGGUUAUAGUGUGGACUUGUGUAUGUUGGGUCGGGGUGCAACAUGAAAAGUUGAAAACA